AUGCCUACCAACUUCAACGUUGAUAGAGCGAUGGCGGUGAUCCGCAACGAGCAUAGAAAGCUCCUCACUCUCACCUUCACCAACCACUUCAUCUAUUCGGGCCAGUUCCUCCCCAAGCGUGAUGCCGCCCACCCACCUCGUAUGUCGUUCCCUCGCCUCAAGAGCAAUGGAACCUACAUGAUUGUGUGCCUCGAUCUCGACGCCCCAUACCCCUCGUGCCGCAUCCUCGGCCCCAAGUGCCUCUGGAUCCAGUCCGGUCUGGAGCCGAUCGUGAGCGAAAGUGGUCACUUCUUCCUCAGAGUGGCAGCCCCUUUCAUCGCCAACUACGUUGGACCUAAUCCCCUUCCUGGAAGUUCACCGCACCGCAUUCUUUUCAUUCUCUAUGAACAGCCUGCUGGAUUCGAAGUCACUCGAUCCUCUCCCACUGGUGGCAAGAAGAUGGGAGUCUGGUCUCGCAUGCGUUUCGAUCUUGACGGCUGGGCUAGAGAGAUUGGUCUUGGCCCUGUGGUCGGAGCUAAUUAUUUCGUCAGCAAGUGA